AUGAUCGACUUUGAAAAUGUUACACUUAAUUCGCUGAUCAUUGAGCUUCGCCGCCGUGGCUACGACAGCAAUCCUGUUGAUCAAUUUAACGAAAAAGCAAGUGAUUACUCGUACUUAUUAAGUCUUCCCAUAAGUUCAUUUUCAGAAGAUGGUUUUGAAGCACUCAUCAAAACAAGAGAUGGAAAACGUGAAAAAUUGUCUCAACAUCGUCAAAUCACACCAGAACGAAUGUGGAUUAGGGAUUUGAUGAAAUUCAUUCAAAAGUUCAAAGAAGAAGAAGAAGAGGAAAAUAACUUAAUGAACUCGCUGCUUCAACCUGACCAUUUACCGGCUGAAAAUGGAGAGAAAAUUGAACCAGAAACUUUGACUGAAAAACAAGUUAACAAGCAUCUAGGACUGGCUGAUACCAGAUGGACUAAUAAUGAAGUGCGUAAGUACAAAAGGCGCACAAGUCAAGUUUACCGCGAAAAGAAACAAGAAUACGAACGCAUGUACCGUGAAAAGCACUCAGAUCGUGUUCGGGAAGCUAAGCGCAAAUACGCGGAAAAAACUCGAGAACAGAAACGAAAAAAAGAACUUGAACGUUAUUACAAGAAUAGAGAGGCCAUUCUGGAGAAGCGACGCAAAACACUGGAUCCUGAAAAAGUGCGAGAAUACAAUCAAAAGUACCUUGAAGAAAAUUUCGCUGAAAUUCGCGAAAAGCAGCGCAUCUAUCGUGAAAAGAACCGAGAUCGCAUCAACGCUCAACAAAAACGCCGUUAUCAUGAAGCAAAAGGCCAGAAAAAAUAA